AUGGAGACACAGAAUUUCUCUCCUGUGACUCAAUUUUUUCUGGUCGGACUUUCCAGAUACCCGGAGUUCCAACUUUCUCUGUUCAUGUUUUGCCUCAUCAUGUACCUGAUAAUCCUCCUGGGAAACACCUUCCUCAUUAUCAUCAGUAUCCUGGAUUCACGCCUCCACACCCUCAUGUACUUCUUCCUUGUAAACUUCUCAUUCUUGGACAUAUGUUAUACAUCCUGUUUCAUUCCUCCAAUGCUCGUUAUAUUUAUGUCUGAGAGAAAAUCCAUCUCCUUCUUUGGUUGUGCUCUGCAGAUGGUUGUCUCCUUUGGCUUGGGCUGCACUGAGUGUAUUCUCCUGGCUGUGAUGGCCUAUGACCGGUAUCUGGCCAUCUGCAACCCACUUAGGUAUCUCAUCAUCAUGAAUAGGAUGCUAUAUGUGCAAAUGGCUGCAUGGUCCUGGAUCAUAGGCUGUCUGAACUCCCUAGUGCAAACAGUCCUGACAAUGCUGUUACCUUUCUGUGGGAAUGUCAUUGACCAUCUUACCUGUGAGUUGUUGGCUCUUCUUAAACUCAUUUGUUCAGACAUCACCAUCAAUGUGCUUAUCAUAACAGUGGGAAGUAUCAUUUUCUUAGUGAUUCCCCUAUUGUCAAUUUUUAUUUCUUAUGUUUUUAUUCUGUCUAUCAUCCUGAGACUUAAUUCUGCUGAGGGGAGAAAGAAAGCCUUUUCUACCUGUUCAGCCCAUCUGGCUGUAGUAAUUUUAUUCUAUGGUUCAGCUCUUUUUAUUUACAUGAAGCCCAAGUCAAAGGACACAAAGACAUCUGAUGAGAUCAUUGGGCUGUUUUAUGGAGUGAUAGCCCCAAUGCUGAACCCCAUUAUCUACAGCCUGGGGAAUAAGGAGGUAAAAGAAGCUGUGAAGAAAGUCCUCAGCAGACACCUGCACUCAUGGAAAAUAUGA